AACUCGCAAAUGUUUCACACAGUUGGUCUAACCGUAAAAAACAGAAUGAGCGAAGCCAAAAAGUUAUAUGAAUCUUUAAGUUUGGUGGGUUCUGUCUCUCUAGCUGUAUCAUUGCCAUGGAUCAUAUUUAGAAUAUGCAGAGCUUUGUACUUACAAAAGGGCCUAAAUGAGUUAUUUGGAAAGGUGGUGGUUAUUACUGGCGCAAGUUCAGGAUUAGGAGAAGCUCUAGCCCAUGAAUUUUACAAAAAAGGGUGCCAAGUAGUAUUAUGUGCAAGGAGAAGACAAGAAUUAGAAAGGGUUAGAACCGAUUUGUUACAUUCACAUAGUACUGUACAAACACAUCCUCCUAUUAUCAUCCCUCUUGACUUAGCAGAUAUUGAUAACUUACUAGAACAAGUAAAGAAAAUAUUAUCAAUCACAGGAAAAAUAGACAUACUAAUUAAUAAUGGUGGAGUAUCUCAUAGAGGUAAUGUACUGUCAACCAAUGUUGAUGUUGAUAUGAAGAUCAUGAUGGUUAAUUAUUUUGGCACUAUUGCUUUAACAAAAGCGGUUCUCUUGGACAUGGAGAAAAGAAAAGAUGGACAAAUUGUUUUCGUUAGUUCUGUGCAAGGUUUAAUAGCUCUUCCUGAAAGAUCUGCCUAUAGCGCUUCAAAGCAUGCAUUACAAGCUUUCAGUGACAGUUUAAGAGCAGAAAUGACAGCCAGUAAUAUUUCUGUAACCGUUGUUAGCCCUGGGUACAUCAAAACUAACCUGUCAUUGAAUGCUUUAACAGGAUCUGGGGCGAGUCAUGGAGAAAUGGACAGCAAUACUGAGAACGGAUAUUCUCCUGAAUAUGUUGCAAAAACGAUUUUAAAAGCAGUAGCUGAAAAGAAGAAGGAAAUUGUAGUUUCAUCACUGCUUCCCCGGGUAGCGAUAUUUCUGAGAAAAUUUUUACCUUCAGUGUUUUUCCUAGUCAUGGCCAAAAGGGCGAAAAAGUCUAGUUUAAAACAAUAGUUUGAUAUUCUAAGUAACAUCUGUAAGCAGCAAUUGAAAUUUGAGUAGGUAUUUAUUAAAUUUGGGUAGGUAUUUUUAAGAGUAAUACAAAUUGAUUUUCAUUUACCAUCAGUAUCAUCACAUUUGGAUUAUGUUAUUGUUUAAGUCAAGUUUCAUGACAAUAUUUUUUAUUUUUAAAAAAAUUGCAUGAUAUUGGACAAGAAGAUAUUACAUUGUUCCUUAAUAUUGCAAAUAAUGUGAAAUAUUUUGUGAUAUACUGUUAAAGACUGUUUUAGGCACUUUGUGCUUAUGACAUAAUGCUGACAGUUUAUAACUAUUUUUUGAACUAUUUAGAGUGGUAGAAGAUUUUAUUAAUUAUAUUUUUGUGUCUGCUAUAUUUAUUUAAAAAUUGUUUUAUGUAAAUGUUAUUUGUAAAAAAAAUACACUAGAUAAAUAAAGGAUAGAUAAACACUCUCGCAAACUAACUAUUAUAGUUAAAACUGAUUCACUGAGUACUUUGUUUAUUAUAGUUAAAAGUGGUAUACAUGUAUAAAUACCUGUUACUUUUUAGAAGUAGUAGAUGUAAGAAAUAGUUUCACAAAUGUUAGAUUUUAUAUUUUCCACUACUAGACCAUAUGUGACUUUUUGUAAUUUUACAUGUCUAAUCUAGUCGUUUUGUCUAUUAAAGGUUUGAUAC